AUAAUAAUAUCAUAUUUAUUAAGGUUAUCUUUGAUCAGCAACAACAUGCUGUUAUCAAUAAAGGACCUGUCCAAAAUAUACAUGGAUUUUUACAAAAAGUCUUAAAUCUUAAAAUUCACAUUUAAUUUCUGCUCCUUGAAAGUAAAAUACCUUCUUGCCUGCUUCUGACUGUACUUUGGGCAAAAUAAUAUAUUUUUACAUUGGCACGCGUACACUGACUGUGUUUUACUCUAGUGAAGUAGUUCUUCUACUGAAGUAAAACUCUAGUGAAAAAAAUUUUGAAGGUUCUUCUACUAUCGUGUGAAAGUUAGGUAUGAUUCCUUUUCUCCAAAUACUUGUCAUUGCUCUGUAGUUUGGACAAUCUCAAUGGUUUUGAUCAGUGUUUGCAGUGUUCCUUAUAUGCCACAAGGCAAAUAUUGCUCUAUAUUUGGUCCAAACCUUGUUUUAGCCAUGUAUCAGCUCAGUGUAUUUGACAAGAAAGAGUCUUAUCUGGGUAUUUCAAGCUAUUUGAAACUGUUUAUCAGAAUGAACACAUUUGUCUCAGGAUUUGAGAGCCUUCCCCUGCUUUUAGAAAGUAAUUUCGUUUGGCUUCUUCAAUCAAUUCAAGCCUUUUGAUAUCAUUUUUUAUUUCUUCCUAACAGAGUUUCUAUAUGCCUGGUUUGUUCGGUAAUGUUACCUGGUCAUUUGGGCAUAGUAUCUUGUGAAGCUCUUCAUGCCAACCAAACAUCUUAGUGCUAUCCAUUAUGGCUACAGAAAUUGCCUCAUCAUAACACCACAUCCUUUGUUUGUAAGGGGACAGUGCUAGGUUCGAAGAGGGUAAUUUCCUAUGAAUGAAUCUGAAAAAAUGCAUGAGAUAGGUUUGAAAUCAGUGGCAAAGCCAGUUCUGGAGAGUUGGUCAUCAUAUUAUAUAAAGCAUGUACAUAACAAGGUAAAUGCAAUUUUGACAACCCUUCCCUAUUUCCUCAUUCAGAUCUAUAGUACUUACCAGUACAAAUAGUGGUAUUAUUUUUACAAACAAAACAACCUCUAGUCAAUAAUGGUUGAAAGAAGAUUGCAGUAUAAACAAGUAGCUUUGCUUACUUUUUCAAUUUUUUUCUCACGGGAAAUUGCCCAGAUAACAUGGGUUCCAAUGCUAUACUUCUUUUUUGGCCUUGCUUAGCAUGACCUGUGUGACCUCUAGCUUCGCCAUUUAGAAAAAUGAAAACAAAUUAAUAUUAAAAUAAGGCACCACCAUCUUGAAAUAAGGCAAAUUAGAUGUAAAAAAUGAAAAUUUUGCUGGCAAGAUCAACUUUAGAAUUCAGCCGGACAAAACUAGUCUUGCACAGAUUUCUCCACCAAUGGGGAUGUCCUGGAGGAGCUCCCCUGAAAGAUUACUUGUCAUUGCAUCAUCAUCUGCCUCGUUUUCACAGUGGUGGUGCAAUCGCCGCUCAUCAGGUUGUUUAUAAAAGGAGACUUGAUAUCUCCAACAGCAAAUCGAAGAAAAUGGAGUCUUUUGGUUAUUAAGGUGAUUUGGAAUCAAGAUGAAGUAUUUCGAUGCAUACCAGCUUUUGGCUCAAGUUAGUUUUGUUGGUUACACUCUGCUCCGAUGUUCCAUUGGGCAUAGAAAUUUUUUGUAUGAGCCUGGUUGAUGCUCUUGUAGCAGAAAAAUAAACGAUAAAUUCAAGGCGAAUCUGCCGAGAAUCAUCCUACAUCUUUACUGCCAAUUAAGUUUCUGGAAUCGACAUCUGAUUUACCUGUCAACCCAAAGAAGUUCGCCAUGAAGUCCCGAAGAGGUGUUAUGCAAGAACUGCAUUUCCUCCUUAAGAAUGUAGAAUUUCUAACCGAGGGACAAUGCAAAAUCACAGAUAUCGACGAAAGUGGCAAAGUAAAUGCACUGAGAUUUGUGGUUAAAAUAGUGCCGGACAGCGGACCAUAUCGGUUUGGAAAAUUCGAUUUCUUAUUCAAAGUAACGCGUAGUUAUCCAACUAUUUGUCCAGACAUCAGAUGUUUAACUCAUAUAUACCACCCAAAUAUUGAUGAGUCAGGUGAAAUUUGUCUGAGUCUUUUCGAGGACUGGUCCCCUGAAUAUAAUUGUUUGAUGCACUGCGUUUAUGGACUGCUUUUUCUGUUGAAAAACCCGAAUCUUGAUGACCCAUUGAGCCCAUAUUUUUGCCCUGAAGAUGCAAAUUGCUUGGAAUCAUUUCAUGAGAAUGUCAGAAAGUCUCUGGAGGGUGGAGUAGUUGAUGGAUUCAUUACGUUUGAAAGAAAUCUUGUCGACAAAAAGGAUUACAAAGAGUAGUGAUCUAAAGUAAUGAACAUUUUUGGCAGCUAACCAGUGCCCCCUUUGAGCUGAACAGUAGUAAAUCUGUUUCAUUUAUGCAAUAUGUUUGAGUCAAGUUAUUUGGGAUUGAUUUACUUAGUUACCGCAAACCAUUGCGAGAAAGCCAAAAAAUAUAGCUUCCAUUGCCUUAAAGGGGUUUUAAUAUGAUUAUUUCCAGAUUUGAAUUUUUAACGCCCUUCCAGGGUGGAAAACUUGUGGCCUACUGCAGCUACCCUAGAUUUCUUGCACCUUUGACCUGACCCACAAUAGCAAUCUUGAAGUCAUGUAUGUUGUACUGUAGUCAUGUAUUUGUGAGCCUGCAGCUUUGCCUAAAAAGACUUUGCUUGCAUGUCACAGCUAGUAGUGUGCUGUUGCUCGUAGCUACACAUAGCCAAAAUCACACGUCAUAUUUUCCAACCUGGCUGCCCCUAAUCCUAUAUUGGAAAGAAAGAAAAUAAGGAUGUUUGGUGUAAAGUUUUAACACUGUAGAUUUGUACAUAUUUAAGAUUGUUAUUUCUAAUGACACGUGUCUUUGAACAAUAUUGUUAAACAUUGUAGAUUUUCUACCUUUUUCUGUGUUAAUGCUACCCUUUUUGAAUUGGAUGAUGCAAUCAUUCUGAAUAUACUAUGUAAAUUUCUAGAGAUGAAAAAAUUAUUUAAUAGUUUUGCUUUCACUUUAAGAACAUCAUUAAAACUAGUA